GAAAAGCGAAGAACGGCUGGCCGUGGUGUCGCGAAUACAGCGGCCGGUGAAAUCGCGUUAAAAAGCCGCGUGCAUGCAUGAUCGAAGGAUCAAUCAUCUUUGCUCCUUUUUUUCCACGGGGGUGUGGAUCAUUCGCUGUUAGAAGUGCUCUAGAGCGAGACGUGGCUAUCCCGAAAUAAACUUUCUCGGGUUAUGUAAAGGCUGGCAACUCAGGCUUGUGUAGACUCGCCGGUAUAAAGGUCGGCUGUGCCCCCAACAGUCCAAGAGUUGCUCACGAACUUCACGCCAGCAACCAUCGGGAGAACAUCGACGCUCUAUAUGUGACGUUGCCUUUUUAUCUGACGCAGCAGACUUAUCUCCACCGUUCACACAGCAUCGCACUUUCUCGAGAGAGCGUUGUGCUGUUGCACAGGCACGUGUCUCGUCGCGUCAUUUCGGCAACAUGCGUUCCUUGAUCUUUCUUACAUUUCUCGCGGUGGCUCACAGCCAGGAAUAUUUCCGGCAACCGGAAAAGAUCAUUAGUGAUAACCGGAACCUCGGUGACAAUCGUGGCCACUAUUCGUUCACUUAUGAGACCGAGGGCGGUAUCGUGCAAACAGAGACCGGAAGCCGAAAGUACGCAGGCACGCCGUCUGAAACUCAGCUAAUUCAAGGAUCCGUACAGUAUAAUGCUCCGGAUGGUACGCCAAUAGCGAUUAGCUGGACCGCUGACGAGUUUGGUGCUCAAGUAGCAGGUACUCACAUUCCAACACCGCCGCCAAUACCGCCAGCCAUUCAGAGAGCUCUCGAUUGGAUCGCGAAACAACCCUCGACACCGGAACCUGAGGAAGUCGCCAAAGACUCGCCAAGUCAACAAAAUGCCGUUCCAGCAGCCAGCACUAAUCGACUACAUAAACCAUUACGGCCGAGUCAACGAAAUUGAUUGCUCGUGAUUAAAACGUUAGAAUAGUCAUUAGAACAAGUCUAUGUUAGCUCUUAAUAAUGUACAAAAUAAAAUUUGUAUUUUCGUAGAAAAUUCAUUUGUCAUUUCAUCGACGAACGUUUCAUCUUCAAUCUGUUUUUCAAGUGUUUUCAUUCUUUAAGUCUUUUGUAACAAUCGACGUAUUUAUUAUUGCGAUCUCAUGAUGCGAAAAUUGUCCGCAUUUUUUUUUUUUUUUU